GGAAGGACUCGCAAUAAGGGCGGAAGUCGGGUGUCCGGGAGGCUUUAGGGAAGGUAUUGGGGGAGUACACAGACACCCGGACCGUGUAGGCGUCCUUAGGCCGCCAUGAACCUACUCCAGGACGACUAUGACCCCUAUGCGGUGGAAGAGCCGAGCGACGAGGAGCCGACUCUGAGCAGUUCUGAAGAUGAGGUGGAAGUGCUUUUACACGGAACCUCAGACCAAAAGCGGAAACUCAUCCGGGAAUGUCUUACUGGAGAAAGUGAAUCAAGUGAAGAUGAAUUUGAAAAAGAAAUGGAAGCUGAACUAAACUCCACCAUGAAGACAAUGGAGGACAAGUUAUCCUCGCUGGGAACAGGGUCUUCCUCAGGCCGUGCCAAAGUGGGAGGAGUUACAACAAAGUACUAUGACGAGAUAUAUUUUGAUUCUGAUUCUGAGGAUGAAGACAAAGCAGUGACCAAGAAGAAGAAGAAGAAGAAACAGCACAGGAUUCCAACCAACGAUGAGCUGCUCUAUGAUCCUGAGAAAGAUAACAGAGACCAGGCCUGGGUCGAUGCAAAGAGGAGGGGUUAUCACGCUUUUGGAUUGCAGAGACCGAAUCAGAAACAACAACCUGUUCCAAACAGUGAUGCUGUUUUGAAUUGCCCAGCCUGUAUGACUACAUUGUGCCUUGACUGCCAGAGGCAUGAAUCCUACAAGACUCAAUACAGGGCAAUGUUUGUGAUGAAUUGUUCUAUCAACAGAGAAGAGGUUCUAAGAUACAAGAAUCCAGAAAACAGGAAGAAAAGGCGGAAUGCUAAGAAGAUGAAGUCUAAUCCUGAAGACCCUGCAGAGAGGGAAGUGGAAGAAAUCUAUCACCCUGUCAUGUGCACAGAGUGUUCAACUGAAGUGGCAGUCUAUGACAAGGAUGAAGUCUUUCAUUUUUUCAAUGUUUUAGCCAGCCAUUCUUGAACAAUAUGACAGGUAACUGCCCAGCUCUGUGUAUAAGGCAAACAUAGACUCUUAUUCUCCUCUUUCCUGUUCAUAUCAUUCAGUGAUGUUGUUAUUAAAACAGUAUUUCAUCUUUAUGAAAAUGGUUAUCAACCUCUAUCUCUUUUCCUUUUAAUUUUCCCAUGAGUAAUGAUUGGACUGAUUAUUCAUUCCAUUUCUGGUACAUAUUUGGAGACUUUGGGGCUUCUUAUUUAUUAAAUAAGCUUCCUAGAAUCAAACAGUUUUGGAAUAAGUAUUUGUUUCCUAGUGUUUGGUCCAUUUUCUAUCGCUAUACCAAAAUACUACAGGUUGGGUGUUUUAUAAAGAAAUGAGUUUUAGUGGUUGGAAAGAUGGCUCUGCACUUGGCAUGCAAGCCUGAUAACCUGAGUUCAGUCCCUGGAAUCUGCAGUGGAAGAAGAGAAUCAACUCUUGAAGGUUUUCCUAUUUUCUAAACAUAGGUGCUCGCUCCCCCUCCGCCUCCGUUUCUCUGAAGGGACCUCCAGUGCAUGCUUGACAUGUGCAGGUCCCUGGGCUGCAUAGCCAGCACACACACAAGCACACAAGUGAGUUCCUAAGAAACUCCCAGUGCUGAGGGCAUGGUAGCCUAUAAUUCAAGCACUUGGGAAAGACAGGAAGGGAAGGAAUGGGGGAAAGAAGUUAGUUUCAGUGUGUUGGUAGCUAGCAUAUUUGAUAAUUUUUAAAUGUGUUAUCUAUAUGGAGGCAAUAUGUACUUAAUGUUUUUAGUUUCAAAUUAGCACAUGUAAGUAUGUUAUAGAGUAAUACUCCAGUCUGAUUAUUGUAACUUUGUAGCAUCUCCUCUGGUAUUGUUAUUGCAAGCUCUAUUUCUCAGAUUUAGGGUGGUCACUACCAGCCUAGUGCACCACACCUCCAGUCCAGUGGGAAGUUCUCAGGGUCUUAUGAAAUCACCUACAGAGUGCUGGAGAGAUGAUGGCUCAGUGGUUAAGAGCACUGGCUGCUCUUCCAGAGGUCCUGAGUUCAAUUCCUAGCAACUGCAUGGUGGCUCACAACCAUCUGUAAUGGGCUCUGAUGCUCUCUUCUGGUGUGUCUGAAGACAAUAGUAUAUUCAUAUACAUUAAAUGAAUAAAUAAAUCUUAAAAAAAAAAAAAAAAGAGCCCUGGCUGCUCUUUCAGAGGUCUUGAGUUCAAAUUCUAUCAGCCACAUGGUGGCUCACAGCCAUCUGUAAUGAGAUCCGAUGCCCUCUUCUGGUGUCUCUGAAGACAACUACAGUGUACUCAUAUAAAUGAAAUAAAUAAAUCUUAAAAAAAAAAAAUCACCUGGAGAAAAUGCAAAAAAACUUGCCUGCCCUAGGUCCCUCUGAGAAGAUGAUGCUGAAACAAACAAGGAAUCCCAGUGUAUAAAGAUGUAAGCUGAUGGUAAGGAGGGAGAGACCAGAGCUACAGAGAGGAGAAUCCCUGCACUGUUUAUACUAAGUCGAUACUCAGUGGAGCUGCUUUGUUGUAAAUCCCCAGUAUGUUCAUGGCAAUAGUACCAGGAAAAAAAUUGAAAAUGAGGGGUUAGAGAGAUAGCUCAGCAAUUAAGAGCACUGACUUCGUUUCCUGAGGACCUCGGUUCAAUUCGUAGCCACCACAUGACAGCUUACAACUGUCUGUAACUCUAAAUCAUCACAUAGACAUACACAAAAUAAAAUAAAUUGAAAAUUUAGAAUAGACAAUAUAUUAAGCAUAAAACUAUUUGCCACACAGGGGAAAGAUCUAAAGGGAGAGGUAUGUAUGGCAUGGGGAAGACAAACUUUGACAUGCUUUCUCAUGUGCACACUGUUUUCCUUGAGUCUGUUGAAAUACACACAUACACACACACAGGACCUGAAAAGUGGGGGUGUCAACUGACUGUGUGGGGGCGAGCAGACAGAUGUGGGGCAGCGAAUAGGAGCAGAGUUAGCUAUGUGCAUAUGAAAAUGCCACAAUAAAGGAGGCCUGUUUUGUAUGCUUACUAAAACCACAUUAAAUAAAGCGCUGCUAGCAACUGUU